AUGUAUCUCUCCAAGGUCCUUCUCGUUACCUGUGCGGCCUUCGCCCCGUUCGCCUCUGCUGCGGUGCAGGCUGUACCUACAGAAACACCUGUGCCCGUCUCAAGCACGCAUGUCGCAUCCACGCCGCUGGCACCAACUCCGACCUCCAUCUCGUCCAGCCCCCUUCAUACAGCCAGCAGCAGUAGCAGCGCCAGAUUCCAUCCCAGCUCUUCCGCUUCGCCAAGCCAUAUGGCAAGUUCUAGCCGUCGUGUCUCUAGCUCCGCCAUUUCUAGCUCCGCCAUUGCCAGCUCCUCAGCUUCUUUCACCAGGUCAUACAUCACCAAGGCAACAGCUCGCCCGACUACCACAACAUCGACCGACGCGGACUCAAAGUCGAAGUCAAACUCUGGUUCGGACUCCGAAUCCGCUACUGCGGCUGCAGCAUCUGCUACUCACUCGGGCGCCGCCGCUCCGGUCGUCCAGCUUUCUGGAGGUAUGGCUGCUGGGGUCCUCGCUGCUGCAGGAUUUAUCAUGCUCUAA